CCUCAUUCGCCUACCAUGGAGACGCCGCCUCUACCACCUGCCCUGCCGUCCGUUCUCGCCCACCUGCGGUCCCUCCUCUCCGCCGCCUCUUCCGCUCUAUCCUCCGUCCCUUCCCCACUCCUCGCCUGCUCCACCACCACGACGGCGACGAUCGCCACCUCCUCCACACUCCCCGCACCUGCGCCCACCACCCCGCUCCCAUCUCUCCCCUCUUCACCGACUUCCGAAAUCCCCCUCCCCCUCCCGGCUGCGCCCGCCCCCUACCACGACUGCCCAGCCGUCGUCCGCACCACCAACCAACCGCCCGCCUCGUCCUCCCUCCCCGCCUUCCUCGCCGCCGAGUGUGCAGACUUCGCCUCCUCCACUGCCGCCCCAACCCUCUCCUCUCCUCCCCGCAUCCUCCCGUCUGAGCUCUGCCUCCUACGUCGGGAGGUGGACUCCUGGGGCAGCCACCAUCCCCCCGGGGCGUACUCCUACGCUGCGGCCCGCGUGGUGGAGGCACUGCGGCUAGGCGCCCUGCAGUGGGAAGUCGAGCUGCGGCGCUGGUUGCUCGCGAGCUCACCGAGAUAUGGUAUCGUGAUUGAUGCGGCCAGUCGAGACCAUAUGUUUGUGCUGGUCAGGCUGUGUCUGAAGGCGGCGGCGGCGGAGGCAGGGUGCUCGCUGGAACGCCUGCCCAAGGGGGAGGGCGAGGAGUUUCGUCUUGAUCCGAGGGCUGUGCGGUUCGAGUGCCCCAGACUGGUUGAUGGUGUCUCGUGGUUGGCGAUGCAGCUCGAGGUUUUGUAUGGGAAGGGCAAUGGCUGGUUCUUCGCGAUUACGGCGGUGAAGGAGGCAAUUCUUAGGUUGGGGUCUUGUUUGGCUGUCCUUGUUGGAGAUGGUGUUGCUGGAGGCGCUAGUGAAAAAGGAUGUGAGUUGAGAGAUACCGGGACAUCCCUUAUUUUUGUUUCCCAGGUUGCUGCUGCCAUUGCAGCCUUACAUGAGAGGUUGUCCCUGGAUAAGAAGAUUAGGGCUCUGCAAGCACCACGCCCAUCCAAAUAUCAGCUGUUACUUGAAUAUUCACAAAUACUGAAGCAAGGCUGUGAUGAGCGUUCAAAGCGACCAAACUACAGAGCUGUUCUGGAUUAUGAUGGAAUUCUACCACGUCAAAUGGAUAACCAGGAAUCUGGUAGGUCCAAGACAAGGGAGGAGCUGCUAGCUGAAGAACGGGAUUACAAGAGAAGAAGAAUGUCUUACCGUGGGAAGAAAAUGAAGCGAAAUCCAACAGAGAUAUUAAGAGACAUAAUUGAUGAGCACAUGGCGGAAAUAAAACAAGCAGGUCUGGGGGAACCUCCUGGUGACAUUGCACAAAAUAUACUUGAGACCAAUUCUAAUGGAGGCGCUUACCAAGGAAGCUCUUGUGAUAAGGCUAUUUUGGGUUCUCGAUUACGUAGUCGUGAGAACUCACCACAUACUGCAUCAAGGAGCCAUGACACAAGGGAUUCAUAUAUGAACAUAAGAUAUGAAAAUAGUGGACACCGUCACCAAAAUGUAUCUGAGCAUGAGAAAGGAGGGAUCAGAGAAUCAGGAAAUGCAAUGAAUCGAGGCUAUUCUGACCGGCAUGAUUACACACAUAAAAGAAACACCAAUGAUCAUAGGAAAUAUGGUAAUAAGUAUAAAAAGAACAUCCCAGAUUACCAUUCUGAAUCAAGUGAUCGUUCAGCAUGGUCCACACGAACACCAAAAUCCUCGGAAAGAGAAUAUGGCGGCAUGCCAGGAGAUAAAAGCAAUGAUAGAACCAGAACUACUCAGAACAGACAUGGAUCAAUACCUGGGAAUAAAGACCAGUUCAGUGAUAGAUAUGAUCCCCAAAGCAGAUAUUCUGAUGAGGAUCCUCGUGAAGCAUACCAUGAUGCGUGAUCUGAAUUACUGAAAAACAGAGUACAUUUUCCUGUUGAUCUCAGUAUACUGUGUAAUACAGGCAUCUGGGUUAAUACCGUCAGCUGUAUCCUUUUUCUGUAUCCUUAUGCAGAAAAUGCUUUACUAUUUCUGCUGUGGUUGUAGUGACAGUCUGUUACAGUUCCUGAAUAUGAGAAAUUGUUAAUUGUUAGUGCAUUUUCUUGCUUAUAAAUUACAUUCGUCUCACCAAUCAAAUUUCCAUCUAAUUUUAACUAAUCAAAAAUAUCGGAACAUCAUGUAGGGUGCAUAUGUUUCCCGUUCACAACCGAUCUUUUAAAAGGACUAACUGUUAGUUUCGAAGCAUGCAUUCGUAAUAACUUCGCUAUGGAAUUCUAUCCUUUUUAGUUAGGGUACCCUUUUAGUUUUGAACUGGCAGGAAUUUCAGUUGACUACCUUUGCCUGGAAAGGGCAUGGCUGGAAUAAAUUUUCUUCACCUAUCUGCUUGCAUUGCAUCUCAUGCAGAUGCUACUCAUGCAUAAUUAUUGGUUCGUGUUAUUUUUUGUGGGCCUAGUUUUUCUACAAUGAGUUCUGUAAGCGAAGGCCAAUCUUAAGCGCCACAACCCAGUAGUUGUGACUUGUAUUGUCCUAUUUUGUGGACUGUGUUUUGCUCUACUGUUAGAUAGUGUUAAAAUGGAUUUCCAUACAUAUCAAGUACUUACACAUAAGAAAGUGAUGUAGGUAGUACUGAAGUAGGGUUCUGCAUCUGCCAAGAUGUAGCCAGGUACAGCCUAUCCAUCAUGAUAGAGACGCAUGAGAUACAUUUUAAAAAUUAUUUUCGGUAAUGGAUGAUACUUAAUAUGUCAUAAAAAUAAUUAGGUGCCCUCCGGUGUUCAAGCUUGAUGAAGCAGCACUUACACAAUCAUUCCCAGUGGUGGAUGUGAAGAACACAUGUUUUGGCUUUGCUGUUUGUACUUCUUUAGCUUUGCAACAUGGAGGAGCACGCUUGAGUGUCUGCUCCCUUCGACGGGGAAGACAGUGGCCUCAAUUAGGUUAACUCCCGCACCUCAUGUUGGGCCGGGCUGUACCUGGAUGUGUCUACAAUGUGUACACAAAUUUCCCACGGGCAAUGAUAUUUGUUUUAAUUGUUUA